UCGUCAAUGUGGUGGAAGGCGGUCACCAUGGAGUCGAAAUUUCGUGCCAGUCAUCCGCUCUACAAGUUCUUAGGCGUUUGCUGUUUUCUUUUGGUUAUAGUUUUUCUAAUAAAUCAAGCAAAUGUGUCCUUGGAGUUACGGGAAUUACCGCAGUCUACGCGACCGCGAAUUUUGGCCAAGCCCCGGCCACAACAAUACUAUGUGAAAACCCCCAAGUGUCAGAUCCCAUAUGUGAAUCCCUUUAACGUCGAUGUGAUGAAAAUAUUCGAUCCCCAAGAGCUAGUCACCUGCUCGAAUGAGACCGAUCUCAUAGCGACUGAAUAUAAUGAAAAACUCAAAAGACAUGUAUUGCACAUCGACGAUGAAGUUGCUUUACAAUUGCUCAACUUCACCAACGCAGAAUACAACUGCUUUUACCAGGAAAUCAAGUACGGGCAUCAAGCAGAUACCUACGACAAUCUGACGGCGAAAAAGUACUUCAUGGAUGGAUAUUUGGUGCCGCUGCAUGUGGAGGGCAUGAUCGUCGAGUGCCAAAAGGCUGAGGACCCGAAGGUGGUCCUGCAGAAGGACGCCUUCAUGUUCGUUCAACAUCAGCCGCUGCCCGAGGACCUCAAAAAACCUCAAGGACCCCGAAAGCCAAGUGUCAUAAUGUACGGCAUCGACUCGCUGUCUCGAAUAAAUCUACGCCGCACAAUGCCGAAGGUCUUCAGGUUUCUUCAAGGUGACGGGUGGUACGAGAUGCAGGGAUACAACAAGGUGGCGGACAAUUCCUUUCCCAAUAUACUCGCCAUUCUGAGUGGAUACUCGGAAAGCACGGCCAGGGAACAGGUGUGCGACACUAACAAACUUGGCUGCUUGGAUGAAAUACCGAUGAUUUGGAAGUACUUCAAGAAUGCCAGCUAUUUGACGGGCUAUGCGGAGGACGAGAGUAAUUCGAAUCACUUCAGCUACCUGAAGCCGGGCUUCUCCAAAAAGCCCAUGGACUACUACUUCCGGCCAAUGCUGCGUGCUCUGGAGUCCGAGAUGGAUGUGUAUCGGUUGCCGGAACACCCCUACAUGAGAUACUGUCUGGGACGAAGGAUGGCGAAUCGAUACAUCUACGACUAUGGCCUCCAGUUUGCGCAGCGUUUUGUGCACGAGCGUCCCAUUUGGGGCAUGUUCUGGUCGAAUCACUUCAGUCACGACGAUCCCUUCCUGCCCGCGGCCAUGCAGGAGAAGAUCCUUGGGGAUCUGCUCGACUUUCACGCCGAUGGGGCUUUCGAGGAAAUGAUCAUGAUCUUCUUCGCCGACCACGGCACCAGAUUUGGCCAGUUAACAUGGCUGGAGGGGGGAUUCCAGGAGGAGCGGCUGCCCAUGAUGUUCAUAUACCUGCCGCCCUGGUUCCGCGAAGCCUAUCCCUCUUAUGCGCAGGCACUAGAUCUAAAUCAGCACAGGCUGAGCUCCAACUUUGAUCUGCACAAUACCCUGAAGCACAUCGUCGAGAUCGGAGGCACCCCGGAUGGGACGGCAUUGCCCAAGUCCUUUGACUGCCCCACCUGCCAGUCGCUUUUCUAUCCCCUGCCGGAGGAUCGCACCUGCCCACAGGCGGGCAUCGAGGAGCACUGGUGCACCUGCGAUCCGUACAAGGUGAUCAAGGGACAGUCGUGGACACGCCCCAUCGCCCUGAGUGUGAUCGAUCACAUGAACGAGUAUUUCGUGCAGAAGAAUCUCAGCCAUCUGUGCAGCAAUCUCACGCUGAACUACGUCCAUAAGACUGAGAUCAAAACGGGUCUGAAUGUCCAGUGGGACGAGGAACUGAAGGAGACGGAGACUGCCGUGUAUCGUGUCAAGUUCAAAGUCAAACAGAAUAGUGCUGAUUUUCAGGCCACCGUGGUCUACAACAACGUCACCCAAAACGCCGAGGUGAAUGUGGAGAAAAUCAGCAGGACUAACUCUUACAAGGAGGACUCAACUUGCAUCGAAGACAAGCUUGCCAAGCUGUAUUGCAUUUGCUUCAGUGACCUCAAGUCGUAACAAUUCAUUCCGAGAAAUUUAGGUUCAAAUUAAACUGAAGUCUUUAGAAUUUUUUCAUUUGACUUGAAAUUUCGAGUUAUUUUUAAAGAAAAGCUAACCCUUAGUAUUAAUAGCAUAUAAAAUAAAUUUAGAAGUUGUUUACUAUACUAAAUUGUUUAAGGCAAAAAGCAAAAUACAAAUGAUUAAUUAUUAACAAUUUAAAAAAAUACAAAUCCGUUUUCGAACUGUAGACUAAUAGUUACUUU